AUGGAUAGGAAAAGAAAAAACAAUGAAUUCGAAAUACACGGCUCACUGAAAGCGCAAAAAACUUCGACAAAUGGCCGUCUCGUCAAGGAGCAUUAUAACAAAAAAGAGGACGUUGGUGUUGAGCGAAGAAAGGAUUCUAAUAUUUUAUUUCUAAAGAACUUUAACAACUGGAUUAAAAGUGUCUUGAUUGGGAAACACCGACUACAAGGAGGAACUGUACUUGAUAUCGGCUGUGGAAAAGGUGGAGACCUUUUGAAAUGGAGUAAAGCAAAAAUAUCUAGACUUGUAGGUGCGGAUAUUGCAGAUGUAUCUAUUAAAGAUGCCCAAACCCGGUGGGAAUCAAUGAAAGGGCACAGAUUUGACGCGGAAUUCCAUGUUUUAGAUUGUUUUUCGAAUAGACUAUCCACAAUCAAUUCUAUAAAGGACAUAGAAUUUGAUGCCGUGAGCAUGCAAUUUUGUCUUCAUUAUUCUUUCGAAACGGAAGAGAAGGCGCGUAUGGG